AUGUGGAUGCUCUUCGUCUUGGGUGCCUUGCUGGGGGCGGUGGCCUCGGAGGAGACGCCCACCACGAGGAGCUCUCCGCAGCUUCAGGCCCUCCACUGCCCGCCCUGCGAGAGGAUCCACUGCUCCUCCAGGAGGGUGCUGAAGCUCCGGUGUAAAGGCGGCGUCACGACGGGCGUCUGCGGCUGCUGCCCGGUGUGUGCCAGGACCGAGGGGGAGACCUGCGGAGGAACCUGGGACUACCUGGGGAAGUGUGACGAGGGGCUGGUGUGUGUUCAUGAGGACUCAGCAGAUGACAAACCAGACGCAGAGCGCAAAGGGACCUGCAAAGCGGUGAUCGAGACGCUGAAUCCAGAAAGCUGCCAGCCAGAGUGCACCAGGGAGUACUGUCAGGCCAACCCCACUGAAAUCUGCUCUGCCAGAUCCGUGUCUCUGGAGGGGAAAGCCUGCCAGGGCUCCUGCCAGCACACCUCCUGUUCAAGCUGUUUGCUGCUGAAGCCCCCGUCGUGCCCACAAACCUGCAGCCCGUCCGACUCUACCUGCCUGCAGCAGUUUGGGAAGUGUGUCCACAACCACCUGAAAGCAGCUCCCAACCAUGUGUGUAACAGCAGCCUGCAGAGUCACAGCGAGGGACAUUUUCGGUGUUUGGUCCCAGACUGUCCAAACUCAGCAAAGUAAUUCCUUGUUGUGUGAGGAGCAGAAACCAAGAGGAGCUCAUGUAGCAAAAUGUCAAAAGGCAGCUAUUUUUGGACUUUGUGAAUAUCUUAAAUACUUUAUCUGACAAUCACAUUUUCUAUGCAGUGUGAAGUUGAAUAAGAACGUGAAAUUAAUUGUAUUUUGAAAUUUUUGAGAAAUAAAAUUCUGUAAACUACA